UCUCAGAGAUCCUUCAGACCUGUGUCUGUUACACUGAGACGACUCCACAAGUCAGCCCUGGAUGUGGUAGAGCAUCCAGCCCCAGAGGACAGUGUGACGGACAGUUUUGGCAGGUUCAUCCAAGGUGUCCAGCCCCACCAGCUGACCCCCACCCUGCUCCACCGCAGUAAGAGGAUGGUCCUAGACUCCAUCGGAGUGGGACUACUGGGCAGCACCACACAUGUCUUCCAGCUGGCCCUGCAACACUGUCAGCACAUGUACGGUCCUGAUGUCAUCAGCAGUGUGUACGGACGCAGAGGAACCAGACUCUCCCCAACCCUGGCUGCCUUGGUCAACGGAGUGGCCGACCUCUCUCUCCCACCACCCCCCUCUCCCUCCAGGUUCCACCCCCCGACUGUUGUGGGUACUCUGGGUAGUGCAGCAGCCUGCGCCCGCCUCCUCUCUCUGGAACGCUCCCAGUGUAGCCACGCCCUGGCAAUCGCUGCCAGCCUAUCAGGAGCCCCCAUGGCUAACGCCGCCACCCAGUCCAAACCCCUCCACAUCGGCAACGCGGCGCGGCUGGGGCUUGAGGCGGCUCUACUGGCCUCUAGAGGUCUGAAAGCCUCACCGAGGGUCCUGGAUGACACCGCCGGGGUCGCAGGGUUCAGCGCCUUCUACGAGGACUACGCCCCACGACCUUUGGCAUCCCCAGAGGAAGAGGGGUUGCAGUUCCUCCUAGAGGACCAGGAUAUAGGGUUCAAGAGGUUCCCGGCCCACCUGGGGAUGCACUGGGUGGCCGACGCUGCUGCCGCUGUACACAAACUGCUGCUGGGGGAGCAUGGGUCAGGAGUCGUAGGUCAGGUCCAGGACAUCCUGCUCAGGGUUCCCCGCUCAAAGUACAUUGAUCGUCCGUUCCCGGAGUCGGAGCAUGAGGCCAGACACUCCUGCCAGUUCAACGCCUGCUCUGCCCUGCUGGACGGAGAGGUCACCAUGGACUCAUUCUCUCAGGAGCGCCCCGACCUCUACUCCCUGCUGGGGCGUGUCCACGUCGAGCAUCCCCAUGACAACCCCGCUAACUUUGACCGCAUGCACGGCGAGGUGCAGGUGACGCUGGUAGACGGGGACGUCCUGAAGGGACGCUGUGAUACUUUCUAUGGUCACUGGCGUAACCCGUUGACCAAUGAGAGCCUGAGGAAGAAGUUCCGUAGCAACGCUGGGGCGGUCCUUCCCAGAGAGAAGGUGGAGGGUGUGAUAGAGGCUGUAGAGGGACUAGACAGACUGGAGGACUGCUCUCCUCUGCUGGAGCAGCUACAGUGAUCACACACACCAUAUCACAGAAGUCCUGACCAGCUGAUGUUUCUGCAUUUUAUAUCAUGUUAACACUUUACACUGUGAGCCGAGAUACAAUGAAGAAUCUACUUCCAAUGUGAGGGAAGAGACAAUACAAUUAUUUAAAGAAUCAAAGCUAAAUUAUUAAGUACUGUAUCAUUUAUAUGACCCCAAUAGGGUCCCUGUGUUUCCUUGACAACGUAUCUCUACAGUCCUGAGUGGAUGUUGACAAUAACAACAAUUCAUUUGAAGGAUGGACGUGUAUGUACAUAUGAAUUUAUUAUGAAGUUUAUUUUCUAUUUUGUUCAACUGUCUUGUA